AUGUCAAUAUUCGCUGUUGGUGUUUUCAUCUCCGUCACCAGUGUGCUCAGGUUAACGACAUUAAAUAUUGCAACUGAGAAUUUAGACAUAACCUGGUCCUCGACAAACUACUCAACGUGGACUAUCAUCGAAGCAAACGUCGCCAUAAUAUGCGCUUGCAUGCCCACGUACAAAGCACCUCUUUCCAAGGUAUUCCCUGGCAUAUUCAACUCGUUCUACAACUCAAAAAACGUUGCAAAGCCCAAACGAGAUUCAGGGGUUGAUCGCAUUCCCAAAUUUGGUGGAUGGCAAUUGGUGGCGAAGGGGUUCAAACAUCAGAAGGAUGGGAUCUGCAAUGUAGCUCUACUAUCUGAGGAUUUGGGAUCCGGCCAGGGUCCCCCUGCGAUUAUUCAAGGGAACAAGGAGUAA